UCAGCUGUGUGGGUGUAUAAGUAGUAGCUACUUUACUUUGGUUAUUUUAAAUUUUAAGUCAUUAUGUUCUAAAAGUUUAUUAUUACAGUUUACUAUUAACACAAAAUAAAUCGAUAUACGGAAAGAUAGGGUAUAUUUAUGUGAUACACAUGCACUGCUUUGGCAUAAAUUAAGUAUUCGCUGAAAACAUGUACAUAAGGAAGUGGAGUAAACUAUUAUUCGUAUUGCUGGCGUUGCUAAGUAAAGAAAGCGGAGCCAAGACCAACUCUAAAAAUGCGGUAGUAGAGGAUAUAGCAGAUUUUAAAGAUUUCAAAAAACUAAUUCGUACCAAAACCAAUGUAUUGGUAUUGUUUGUUGCGGGGGUGAAGGAAGCACCUGUUGAGUUAAAGGUUUUUCGUGAAGCUGCAAAUGUAGUACGCGGUACAGGAACCAUGGUAUUAAUUGACUGUUUGCAAAGUGAACGUAAGAAACUUUGUAAAAAGUUAAAGGUUUCUCCCAACGCUUAUAUAUUUAAACACUACAAAGAUGGUGAUUUUCAUAAAGAUUAUGAUCGUCAAGUCAGUGUUGCGUCAAUGGUAAAUUUCAUGAGAAAUCCCACCGGAGAUUUACCAUGGGAAGAGGAUCCUGAGGGUGCAGAUGUGUUACACUUUGAUGACUACAAAACAUUCCAACGUCACAUGCAAAAAGAUACACGACCAAUGUUGGUAAUGUUCUAUGUACCAUGGUGCGGCUAUUGUAAGCGGCUGAAACCCGACUAUUCUAAAGCGGCAACAGAAUUAAAAGGUAAACCCUACGUUAUUGCUGCAAUGGAUGUAGAACGUACCGAGAACGCACCGGCAAGACGUGCCUAUAAUAUAACAGGUUUUCCCACCAUAUUAUAUUUCGAGCGUGGACAAUUGAAAAGCACGUAUGAAGGCGACAAUAAUAAGGAGGGUAUAAUUUCAUUUAUGAAAGAUCCAGAUGCAGCGCCUGUUCAAAAGGAAAAGGAAGCUGAUUGGUCAGCUGAUCCGAAUUCUGAAAUUGUGCAUUUGACAAGUCAAGGUUUUGAACCCGCACUCAAAGAUGAGAAAUCCGUUUUAGUUAUGUUCUAUGCGCCCUGGUGUGGUCAUUGUAAGCGCAUGAAGCCAGAAUAUGAGAAAGCGGCGCUAACUAUGAAAGAACGAAAAAUUCCUGGUGUGUUGGCCGCUUUAGAUGCUACUAAAGAGAAAACAAUUGCUGGCCAAUUCAACGUACGUGGCUAUCCAACGCUUAAAUAUUUUGUGCAUGGUGUUUUCAAAUUUGAUGUUAACGUGCGGGAUGCAGCAAAAAUAAUCGAGUUUAUGCAAGAUCCGAAAGAACCACCACCACCACCGCCACCGGAGAAGUCGUGGGAAGAAGAGGAGGGUAGUGAGGUGCUCUUUUUGAACGAAGAAAAUUUCAACACAUUGAAACGUAAAAAACACGCACUUGUAAUGUUCUAUGCGCCUUGGUGCGGUCAUUGCAAGAAAACCAAGCCAGAAUUUAGUGCCGCUGCUGAGGCAUUAAAAGACGAUCCACGCAUAGUGCUUGCUGCUGUUGAUUGCACCAAACAGCAAAAUCUUUGUAAAUCUCAUGGUGUUAAUGGUUAUCCCACUAUUGUUUAUUUUUCAUACUUAAAAACGAAAGCCGAUUACAGUGGUGGACGAAGCAGCAAGGAUUUUAUUUCCUACAUGACAAACCCAAACCUUUCGGCCAGUGAACCUGUACAUGUCAAACACAAGGUAGAUGAGCUGUGAUCCCAGUAUAACUGUGUGUAAUCGCAAUUUAUGAGUUGGAAAGUAUAUUUCAACUUAACUACUACCCAACGAAAUUAAUCUACAAAUGAAUCUAAAACUUUUUUUAUACUUACCUAACUAUAAGUUCAAAUUUGCUACUUGUGAGCAUUAUCUUUAUAAGUUAUCUAUUAUAUACAUACUCAAGUGUGAUUUUUCUUACAGUGCUCUCGAAUUUUGAUAAAUAAAAUCUAUCAUGUUUAGUAUUCAAUUUGUAUUAAAAUAAAAUAUUUCUUUGACUUCA